AGCAGUGCGAUGCCGUGCCGAUACGAACUUGUAAAUUACAUCAAAAAAAACUGAAAUCGAAUCCAUCACUUAGGCUACAUACUAGCCACAGGCCGGCAGUACCUGCGGUCCCGAAGCCUAGGCAAGAUGUCCACCUACCGCAGCCUGUGCUCCCUGUCUGCCUUCCUCGCAUGUGUCUACUCUCCAGUCUCGCCGGCACUUGCGCUUAGCCUCUUGAAGAAGAGCCUGCUGCGUAAAAACAAGAGGCUCCAGCAGCACAAGCAUAAAAGCAAAAAUAAGCAUAAAUCCGACCUCGAACCCCAACCCGGCGAUGAAGAAUUUGACAAGAACGACCCGAACAGUUACCGGUCUCUCACCUCCGCCGAGACCACCUUCCGCAAGAAGAGCGCGUGCGCCGCGGACUAUGUGCGGACCUUCUACAACCCACUACCGUCCGGCUUUCGCAUCGCGGAGGCCGAGCGCAGCCAGGUUGACAGCCUCGGUGGGGACAGCACCUACGGCGAGAUUCUCCCGGACUCCCUGGCGCAAAUCCUGUGGUUGAUGCACAUCGGCCCGGAUGACGUCUUCUACGACUUGGGCUCCGGGAUCGGGAAAACGGUGAUUCAGGCCGCGAUGACCACCCCCGCAAAGAAAGUCGUUGGUGUGGAAGUCGCGGACUCGCGGUUUUCGGUUGCGGAAAAGGCCCUGCAGACCCUGAAGAAGGACGUGGCGCAGCGCACCAAGGACGAGCAGAUCGUGGCGCUCCAGCAGCAACUCGCGGUGCUGAAAGCCACCGGCGUGUCGGAAGACGAAAGAAACAAAGCCGCCAAUGGAAAUGCCAUGCCCAUGGCCUCCGAGGUGACGGACCAGCUCACCGCGGCGGGGAAGCGAAACGACGCGAACGCGGCCAAAUGCGGGUACGUGAAGGACAACGACCUGCUACGGGGGACGAAGCCGGUCGCGUUCGCGAACCUGGGCGGGUCGGGCGCGACCGAGCAGUUCUCCAUGUACAGCGGGGCGACGGAGAAGAACAUGGACAAGGUGAAAUUUUUGAACGAAGACUUCACGAAGGUGAACAUGCAAGACGCCACGGUGAUUUUCUCCGCCACGGUUUUGUACCAGCCCGCACUGCUGGCGAAGAUCUGCAACAACCUCGGCCCGAACGUGAAGCAGUUUGCGUCCAUGUCGGUGUUGGAAUUGGUGCCCGAGUGCGACCGGCGACUGUGUUUGCUGUACCACACGGAGCUGCCGAUGAGCUGGGGCGACACCCCGGUCCGGGUCUACCGCAUGAAGCAAUCGAAAACGUACGGCGACAAAUUUUGCAAAACGUCGCACGUGGCCGGGCCGGGCGGAAUCUUGAUGCAGAUGCCGGAAAGCGAUCCGAUCCCGGUCAGCUAUUGGGGCGGGAAACACUCUGCGGAGUUUGUGCAACAGGAGAAGAUGCUGGAGCGGGAAGCAUACCCCUCGUGAGAAAUAAAGCCUGCGGGUACUAUUGCUGAAAUAAAAAGCGUUCAUCGAAAAAGUAGAAGUCGCUUUGCAAAAAAGUAAAGGAAUUUGAGUCGGACAAGAGUUCGAACUUUUUGAAAUUUCGUCAAUCGUCCAAGACGAGAAGGAGAAUCAUGAAGAACACAUUUUUAAACAAGAAACAUGGCGAAGAUCGGAUGGAAAACAAAAUUUAGGUUCGAACAAAACCACAGAAUCUCAGAGCAACCAUCAUACAUCACGACGAAAACUAAUUUCUCAAAAAUUUCACUUACCA